ACUACAAACAAACAGCGGCAGAAAACUUUUCGUUCAAGAACAUAUUUCAUUAUUUUUCAAUAGCUUUGCGUUUCAACGAAUGAGUCUAAAUCCUGGCGAGGAAGUUUAACUAAUAUUUGUCUAAUGGAUGCUAAUUCAUCACUUUCGGAACAUCUUCUCUAAGUAACUCUGUGUUUGUUGGGGAAUCAAAUGUCGUCGAAAUCUGAAGUACAUUACGAAAAGUAACGGAACAUAACUACGGAAAAAAAUCAUGGCAGCUUUAGUUAAGGCUAUCGAGCGAAAGAGGUUCAAACAAGCCAAAUUACUUUUGAAACUUGGCGACAAUGUCAAUCAACAGGAACAAUUAUCGGGAAAAACUCCUCUUUUAGCGCUUUGUUUCGUAGAGGACGAGAAUCUAGCGUGUCGUAUGACGAAGAAGUUACUCCUUAGAGGAGCAGACGUUUGCAUGCAAGACGAACAUGGAAUGAGUCCGCUUAUGCAAGCGUGUAAGCUGGGUAAAGAGAAACUAGUCAAAUUACUUCUUCAAAGCGAAGAGUGUGAUUUUGCUGCUGCGGACAAAAUGGGGAAUACUGCGCUUCUUUACUCCGUUGAUGCUGGUAACGCUGGCAUCACUAAAGCUCUUACGGAAGCAAUGAAUUCCUACGAUGUACGAGCUGCUGAUAAACCCAACAACAAAGGCGAGACUCCUCUGAUUAGAGCGACGAAACUCAAACGAGAUGCUUGCAAGGAAGUGUUAUUAAAUGAUGGAAAAGCGUCCCCUUCUGCCCGUGAUUUUGAUCUUAAACUAAACGCCAAAGAAUGGGAGUGGCAUCUAAAGGAUGAAAAAGAAGAAAUAGAUAAGACGAAUUUAAGAAACAGAGUCUUCUGGGGACAAAAUAGAGGCAGAUGUGUAAAGUCAAGGUCCUCAUCCAUAAUUGAUUACAGACGGGAUGUGACGAGUUCCACCAAGCUGGGAAACUAUUCAGUCAGCUUUAAUCAUAACUGUAACGGCAUGAAUUCCAACAAGAAGUUUCUACGAAGGACUAAGUCUGCUCCUUUGGUGAGUUGCGAGAACGCUGACAAACGUACUUCGACAUCCAAGAUUUUCCAUUUUGAGUUAAGCGAUGCAGCAGAGAGAAUUACUAAACAGAAAUUUCCAGAAAAAACAAACAAUUCAUGUUUUGAGAAAAAGACAAACAAGGGCAAGAUGAAUUCAAAACAAAAUAGUUGGUCAGUGGGAACCACAGGGGGGUCUUUCAAUCAUCACGAUUUGAGGACAUGCUCAGUGGAGGAAAUGCUUCCUUCGUCUGCUGCUGUCACAGAAAAACAAAAGAUGGCUUAUGAAAAGAAUGGUAAAAACAACGAAAACAGAUUGCCUUCUGGUCAAAGCCAGUUACCUCAGCUUUUUAAUCUGAUGACUCAUCAAAAGACCCAUUCAUUCCGGUCCUCAGCGACGACACCAGCCCCUGGACAACAAAGAAGCAAAUGGUCGACCCGUGAAGGGAAAGGAAACAAAAGGAGAAUAUUUUCCAGAAGGAAUUCAACAGCGAUGAAAAAGCAGUGUCUCUCAGGUAGAAGAUGGUCUACAGUCGAGUCUUCCCUCAUUGCGCUAGGACGAUUUUCCUCGCUUUACAGUCGUUCGGAUUUUCAGGCGUUAAAUCCAGACAACCGCACGAUGUUGGAAAAAUCAGCUAUAAAAUUGAGACCAAGCUCGGAACAAUCAAAUCUAGAAGAACUAGUUAUAAACGGAAAGAGUUCAAACAGAAAAUCAAAAUCAUCAGCUAUAUCUCCUAAUUUGUUGAAGCUAAAGGUACCUCUUUCAGCAUCCCUUCCCGACAGCAGUGGUUCCCGCGGACGGAUUAAAUCUUCUAGACCAAGAUACAAGAAGCACAAUAGUGACCCACUCCCAGCAGAUAGAACCUUCUUGAGCGGGUCGUUACGGGAAGUGGCUGCAGGCCCAGUGAUCGAGGAGUUAGAGGAAGGAGGGGAUAGCGAAAAAUUAGAAAAAUAAAUGAAAGGUGGAUUGUUAAGAAUAGGAUAACCUGAAGACUGUGUAAAAUCUUAACUCUAUCAGUUUUCAUUUUUUUUCCAUGCAACUCAGUAAGGACAAAGACUUCUUUGCUUACUGUACUAUUUGGCAGGGUUCAUCAGUAUGUAAUUAUACAUUUGCCAUAUUUGAAAACCAACUGAGAACAUGCAGAAAUAAUAACUCUAUUCCCUCAAGUAAAGUAGCUACUGGAAAGCGUACGUAGCUCAUUAAGGACCUCAAGCAAACCACGACGGCGACGGCAAUGACAUGGAAAAACAAAAGACCUAAUCGGCAGAACAA